AUGAGCUUGUUCAAAAGUGGAAGUCGCGUUUUGCAAGGAGGUGCGUGAGUGUAAGCAUGUGGUGUGCGCAGUGAGGAAGUUGAUAAGGGAGGGGAGGGGAGAACGCCCUGAACGUGGACCAGUGUGGGAUCUAGAGACAUGCUGUGGAAGUCCCUGGAAGCCUGAACCCACCGUUCUAAUCCACACCAGAGGCACUGACGUCUUUGUGGCAAAACCAGCACCUACAGGACUCACCAUGGCUGGUAUAAAGACAGCCAGCGGAGAAUAUAUUGAUGACUCCUGGGAGCUCAGGGUGUUUGUAGAGGAUCUGGGACCUGAGGCUGACCCGGUACCACUCCGCGUCUCAGGCAGCAUGCAUAUCGGCGGUGUCAUGUUACAGAUAGUAGAUAAACUAAAACUGCAGCGGGACUGGUCAGACCAUGCCCUGUGGUGGGAGCAGAAGAAAACGUGGCUGCUGAAUACACACUGGAGCCUGGAUAAAUACGGGGUUUUGGCUGAUGCCCGCUUGCUGUACACCCCGCAGCACAAGCCGGUGCGCCUUUCCUUGCCAAACCAAUGUAUUGUUCACAUCCGAGCCAACUUUGCCCGGCCUGUUUUCAGUGCAGUGAUAGACAUCUGCAAAGUACUCGGUAUCCGUCAUGCCGAAGAACUGUCGUUGCUGCGUGCACCAGCGGAGAAGGAGAAACGAAAGCAGAAGGAGAAAGAAGGAAGUGCCGCAGAGACCUACGACCUAACAGGAGUGCGGCUCCCAACAAAUGCUGAGCAGCAGCUGUUCCGAGGAAUGCCUGCUCACUUUUCAGACAGUGCACACACCGAAGCCUGUUACAGGAUGCUGUCAGUCAGUCAGACCGGGUUGACCCCUGAGCAGAUCAUGCGCAUGCACCGGCCAGGAUCCCUUACUGAGAAGACUCAGAUCAACAGCAGAUGGCUGGAUUCAUCACGGACUCUGCUGCAGCAAGACAUCAGGGAAAACGACCAUUUGUGUCUACGCUUCAAGUAUUACAGUUUCUUUGACUUGGAAUCAAAGUAUGACGCUGUGCGGAUCAACCAACUGUAUGAACAGGCCCGUUGGGCUGUGCUACUAGAAGAGACGGACUGUACUGAGGAAGAGAUGGUGGUCUUUGCUGCUUUGCAGUAUCGGAUCAACCAGCUGUCCUUGAACACCAACCCUGCAGACCAUGCUGGAGACUCUGGCCUAGAUGACCUGGAUGCUGCUCUUGCCACAUUGGAAGUCAAACUGGAAGGGAAAUCAACAACUCUGAAUGAUCUUGACAGUCUUACAACGAUUCCAGAGUUGAAGGACUACCUCCGAAUACUCAGGCCCCGCAAGCUGACGCUGAAAGGUUACAAGCAGUACUGGGUCACCUUCAAAGAGACGUCCAUCUCCUAUUAUAAGAGUGCUGAGGAGGCACUUGGAGAACCCGUGCAACAGCUUAGCCUCAAGGGCUGCGAGGUGGUACCUGACGUCAACAUCUCAGGGCAGAAAUUCUGCAUCAAGCUGCUGGUUCCUUCACCAGAUGGGAUGAGUGAAAUUCACUUGCGCUGUGUGGAUGAGCAGCAGUAUGCCCACUGGAUGGCCGGCUGCCGGCUGGCAGCAAAGGGUAAAACUAUGGCAGAUGCAUCGUACAAGGCCGAGGUGCAGAACAUCCUGUCCUUUCUACAACUGCAGCGGGCCAACCCUGAUGCGCCCCUUGCCACUGAAACUGAGGGUACCCAGUGGCUGGUGUCACCCCGUUACCAGAAGAAAUUCAAACCCAAGCAGUUAACCCCGCGCAUCCUGGAAGCCUAUCAGAAUGUCUCUCAGCUCUCGCUCAUUGACGCCAAGAUGAAAUUUAUCCAGGCCUGGCAGUCGCUCCCUGAUUUCGGCAUCUCUUACUUUGUGGUCAGGUUCAAGGGCAGCCGGAAGGAUGAAAUCCUGGGCAUUGCUAAUAACCGCUUGAUCCGCAUCGACCUGGCCGUUGGGGAUGUGGUGAAGACGUGGCGGUUCAGCAACAUGCGCCAGUGGAACGUCAACUGGGAUAUUCGCCAGGUGGCCAUUGAGUUUGAUGAACACAUCAACGUGGCUUUCAGCUGCAUCUCUGCCAGCUGCAAGACGGUGCACGAAUACAUCGGCGGAUACAUCUUCUUGUCGACCCGCACGGCUGACAAGAACCAGGAGCUGAAGGAGGACCUCUUCCACAAGUUGACGGGGGGCCACGAAGCCCUCUGACCUGGCACCGCCCAGCCCAGCCUCCUCCUUCCGCCCCCACCCCUGCCCCCAGGAGGGCACAUGCAGGCCCGCCUUUUCAAGGAGCUGUUCGGGUGGUGCUGAUGGAAACCUGAGGAACCCCUUCAAGGACUUGAAAAGCCAGGCUACAUCUGAUGCCAGAGGCCAGAUUUUCACCCCCACGUUAGGGUCUAAAAACAUCAGUGUGGGUUAGAGUUGCCAAACUUUACGUGGUACAGACAUAAACCGCCUUGCGUCUGUCAAGCAACAGUGAAUGAAUACUGGAUAACCCAACAAAAGCCUUAACGGGACUCUCAAGGUGCCUGCCAAAAUCUCAUUUACUCUACGUAAACGUUGUGUACGUAAUAAUGAUAAAACACAAUCCUUAGACAAUUCUCACAUCUUUACAGUCUCAGAAACCAGGGUCAGAUGAGCCUGCUGGGUUGUUUGCUUUGCACUCCUUAUAAUACUGAGAUAAGAAUUUCUGGUAGAUUGUUAAACUGCGAGUUGGGUCUGGGAUUAAUGAGAAGGUUAAGAUGUGGGAAUCUUCUAAGGACUGUAAGUGAGAGUUUGGUGCAAGGUGAUUUAUGUCUCCGUCCUCUGUUGCACCUCCCUCACGCUUUGAUGCAGUAAACUCCAGGUGGCGGCUGGCGAUCUGCAAGUGAGAGAUCAGUUUACCUGGAGCAGUGGUUCUCAACCUUCCUAAGGCCGUGACCCUUUAAUACAGUUCCUCAUGUUGUGGUGACCCCCAACCCUAACAUUUAUCCA